AUUUCACCUUAUUCUGCAGAUUAUCCUUGUUUGAAAGUUGAUAUUCGCGAUGACGUUGUCAAAUCCUAUGGGACUCCUUGGUGAUGGGGACCGGACACAUCGUCGGCAGCCAUCUUCGGAUGCGACGCAAUUCAAGGCGCUCACGCAAAUGGAUGCCGUGCACCGCUUGGAACACGAACUCCAGAAAUUGCUUGAAACUGCAAAGCCAGAGGAAAAACCUUUGAUCCAGAAGGAGUAUGAGGGAUUUUCGAAGAUCUUCACGAGGUUUUUGAGCGAGUCCAGCUCGGCUAUUAGUUGGGAGCGGAUCGAGCGGGUGUCGGAAGAAACUAUUAUUGAUUACGGAAGUUUGCAUUCCCCGGAUUCGUCAAAAAUCCGCGACAUGUUGAACAAGGUGAUCGUGGUGAAAUUGAAUGGUGGCCUAGGAACGUCCAUGGGAUGCAAAGGACCCAAGUCGGUGAUCCCUGUCCGAUCAGAACUGACCUUCUUGGAUCUCACUGUACAACAAAUUGAGUUUCUCAACAAGACGUAUGGAGCGAAUGUCCCGUUGGUGUUGAUGAACUCUUUCAACACGGACGACGAUACCGAGAAAGUGCUGCGGAAAUACAAAAACUUAAACGUGACUAUCAAGUCGUUUAUGCAAAGCCGGUAUCCGAGGAUUAACAAGGAAUCGCUCAUGCCAGUCGCCAAAACCUGCAACACUGACGACAACCAGGAAGCAUGGUAUCCACCGGGACACGGGGAUUUCUACGAGUCCUUUUACAACUCUGGGCUGUUGAGCGAGUUUCUCGCGGAAGGCAGAGAAUUUUGCUUCAUCUCCAACAUUGACAAUUUGGGCGCCACGGUGGACCUGAACAUCAUGAACUUUUUCUGCCAGUCCGAAGAUCCGAAUGCACCUGAAUUUCUCAUGGAGCUCACUGAUAAAACGAGGGCCGACGUCAAGGCAGGUAUUUUGAAUGCUGAGAUCAUAGUGAAUCACAAGAGCUUGGCGCAUGGAAUGAACGUCAUCCAGUUGGAGACUGCUGUCGGUUCAGCCAUGAAAUGCUUUGAAAAGGGAUUAGGUGUGAAUGUGCCUCGGUCUCGGUUCCUGCCAGUGAAGAAGUCGCAGGACUUGCUGUUGGUGAUGAGCAAUUUGUACAGUCUUCGGAAUGGGUCCUUGGCCAUGAGUCCCCUGAGGAUGUUCCCUGGAACCCCGCUCAUUAAACUGGGCACGAGUUUCGACAAUGUGCGGGAAUUUUUGCGUCGUUUCGAGACUAUCCCGGACGUGCUGGAGUUGGAUCAUCUCACUGUGUCGGGCGAUGUCAAUUUCGGACGACACGUUCAUUUGAAGGGUCUGAUAUUCCUGCAAGAUGAUGUUCGGGGCCCAUGCUUGUAUUCCCACCGCUCCGAAAGGGGGCGGGGAGUGCCCAAGGUUGUGGCGAACGUCGCUUCCAUGUUAGGUGGAUGGAAACCAGUGCCCCAACUGCGUAUUAGUGAUCAACUGUCGAAAUAUUUGAAUCCGUUAUGCGAAACUGUGGAAUUCGCGUACGGUUACAUAAUUGGUCCUCAAAGCAGUAGAUGUAACGAUAAAGCACUGCUUGCGAGCUUCGGGAUUCAUGGCAAACGAUUAUUCCGACAGGAUUACGUUGAAUUCUCAUUACGUGAAGUCAUGAAAUACAGUCGCUGUCGCGAUCACGUAAUCAUUGAUUCCGAUUCGAACUGCGAAACCAUGAGUCGUGUCUACAUUGGUGGUCUUCACGGAAAAACGCGAGAGCGUGAUGUCGAGAAAUUCUUCCACAAGUACGGACGCCUGAGGGAGAUCCUUCUGAAGAACGGAUACGGCUUUGUUGAGUUCGACGAAAAGCGUGACGCGGAAGAUGCGUGCCACGACUUGGAUGGGAAAGAGCUCCUUGGCGAAAGAUUGCGCGUCGAAAUGGCGAGAGGUGGUCGCAAACGUGGAACCUUUCGCGGUGGACGAUCUUUUGGUGGUGGUGGUGGACGUGGUGGUCGCGACUCGAACAACUCCAGACGGAAUGACAGGUUUGGGCCCUCGACCAGGACGGAUUAUCGCUUGUACAUCGACAACUUGAGCAGCAACACUAGCUGGCAGGAUCUCAAGGACAUCAUGAGGAAAGGUGGAGAGGUGACUUAUGCGGACAAACAGGGUAGUCGUGAAGGUGUGGUUGAGUUCGCGAGCAAGUCGGACAUGAAGAACGCGCUGAAGCUUUGCGACGGGAUGGACGUGGACGGAAGGAGGAUUCGCGUGACCGAAGGCGGAGGGUCCCGAAGGUCUCGUUCCCGCUCCGAUUCCCGCUCCAGAUCUCCUUCUCACUCCCGUUCUUCGUCUCCCGAGGCCAGCAAGAAGAAGAACGAUUCUUCUCCGAGUCGGGAAAGAGAGUCUCGCUCGCGAUCCAGUGAGAGAGAGAGAGGAGUGACACCUGGCGGUGGGAAGGCAUUUGCGGGGUUCAUUUUACUCGACUUCUUAGCGCCUGGGAAAUUGGGGAAGAUGGCGGAUUUGGCAGCGCGAAGUCCGGAUUAUGUGGCGUUGUUGACGUCGCUGGUGCUGAUGGGGAGUUCUGCGGUGUUUUUGCAAGCGUGUGGAUCCGUGCCUGGGGACGAGGAUUUCCAUCUGGAAGUGAGAAGCUUUGCAAAUGUGUGGUUUGGAAGUUGCGCGAUCGCUGGGUUUUGUAACAGUCUUGCAUUUGGAGUGAAGAGUUUGCCAGGACCGAUGAGGUACUUUUUUGGGCUGAUCGCUUACCACUGUGGAUCUAUUGGGUUCCCUUGCUUUGCUGCUGAGAUCUGCAGGAUGUACAAGCUGAUGAUGGCUCACAAGGCCAUGCUCAUGAUGAUCCCAUUUCUCAUUAUUGGUUACUGGUCUCCCAAGUAUUUCUACAAGGUGACAUAUUGUAGCUUAUUAUUUGUGGGUAUCAUCAUCCACUUGAUUGGGAUGAUUGGCUUGGCAAGAGGCAAUGAACCACUAUUGGUGGGAACUGUAGCUUUGGCACUGGGACUGACCAUCAUAGGCAGAGAUGGAGCCCUGAGGACACCAUUCCUGGUGACAGACAGAGGCUUCUACUACCCCUGCUUGGUGUUUGCCAACUACCUGUUCCUGAAUGCUGUGAUGAAUGGCAAGAUGCCAUUUGAGCUCCCUGGAGGCAUUGGCAGGAGGAGGCAUCAUGAUGAUGAUGAUUACUAUUAA